AAAAUAACUUGCGUUGCGUGCUUUCUUUUCAAGUCAGUAUUUGCACUAAGAGGACGUGUUCUACGACUCUCCUCGCGACAUUUAAAGAGAUUUAUAUUAGACAGAUAUUUGUCAGUUUCAGGUCUGAACAAACGACAUCAUGAUUGUUUAUCGGAAGCUGUUUUGUCGAUGCUUAACGAUAAUAUCAGUGACUUGCGUCUUUUGUGUCUAUACAGAACCUACCAGGAAUGAACUCAUGCGUUAUCUAUUGAAAGAAGCUGAGUAUGAUCACAACUUUCCACCGAGUACAGAGAAUGCUACUGAUGUGUCUGUUCAACUUUACAUCACUGAUUUUAACUCGGAGAGUGAUAAGGACAGAGAAAUUGAGUUUACACUCAACCUUCGAAUAAAUUGGACAGAUCCCCGACUAGACUUUACCAGAAACAAUACAACAUAUGACGUAAUCAAAUUUGGAGAUGAUAUAGUGGACAGCCUUUGGAUGCCUGACUUAUAUUUUCUAAAUGAAAGAAAGUCACAAUUACAUGGCUUGUUUGAACGAAACCAGCUGGCAUACAUUUACAAAAAUGGAAGCGUUUUCUACAGUGGCAGGUUUAACAUUAAGUUACACUGUGUAAUGAGCUUUGAGAAAUACCCAUUUGACACACAAAAAUGCCCAAUAGAAAUUCAAAGCUAUGCUUAUUCGACAGACUAUGUUCUUCUUCACUGGAAUGGAGAAAAUGCCAUACAAAUUGACCCUGCAUCUGAUCCAAUCAGACCUAAAAUACCAUCCCAGGGCCAAAGCAUUGAGACCAGAAAUACCUACCCGAUAACCGGAGAAUUUUCAACACUUAGAACAGAAAUAGAAAUACCACGUCCAGAUGGAUCAUAUAAUAUGAUGAUCACAGUUCCUUCUGUCAUUCUUGUUGUAACAGCGCUAACAUCAUUUCUCCUUGGAGACAAUAUAACACCACGCAUAGGUGUUCCUACGGGUACUUUGAUAUCCUUGUUUGUACAGUGGUCAGGAACAUACGCUCGACUAUCACUUGAUUCCACAUUGGGGUAUUUAGAUAACUGGAUGUGUGGACACUUAAUUGUUCUCGGAAUCAUUCUUUUAGCAAAUGCCUUGAUAUGUCAUUGCAAAUAUCAAAAGGACAAAGACAGAAAAUGUAUUCGGUGGUGUAAAAGAUUUGCUGUUCCUCUACAGGUACAGGCGGAGUCAUCAUCUAAAAGUGUGAAUCAACUGGAGGAAAAAAAUGGUACUUUGCAGAAAAGAGAUAACCCCAAUAAACAAUCAGCGAGGGAAACAUAUAUGAAUCAGGAGGCAGGGCCAUCACCCAGUGGUGUGAAUCAACCGGUGGAAAAAAAUGUUCCAGUUCACACAGAUAAAACCAUUAACGGAUCAACAAUUGAAGCAAUAAAACAGAAAUGUCAUGAAAAUUCAAGUUCCGAUGAACGUUAUAAUUUGACAGAACAAAUGUUUGGCAAGGAAGAGUUAUCAAAAAUGUCCCCGGAAUUUGACUGGGUGGCAGAGCCAUCAUCCAGUUUUGUAAAUAAAGCAUAUGAAAAAGUCCCUUUACAAACCCUAUACCCCGAUUACCGAUCAACAAGUGAAACACACCAGGAUCAGCCAGGGCCAUCAUCCAAUGGUGAGAAUAAACAGAUGGACAAAAUUGUUCCUUGUCAAACAAAUGACGAACCAACAAGUGAAGCAGAUAUGAAUCAGAAAUUUCCUGAGGCAAAGAAAAUUCUGAAUUCUGAUGAACGUUAUAAGUUAGCGAAACAAAUUUUUGGGGAGAGUGAGUUAGAACAAAUCUACUCGGAAUUCGUCAGAGAGAAAACAGAAAACAACUUUUAUAAUUUAUUGGAGGAGAACGAAUCAUUGAUUUUCGUUCAGGAAUACUGUUGUGGAUGUUGUAAAUCGCGUUGCAGUAAAUUUUGUGCAAAGGUUAAACAGAACAAAUGCUGUCAGGGUCUCGCCCAAAAGAUAAACAUUGUCUCGUUCUUUGUGAUAUCUGUAUUAUAUUCUAUUUUUCUAUUAUCUUAUAGAAUCAAAUGGGUUAGUAAAUGAAUUUAUUAAACUAA